UUCAGUAUAUCUCCUCAGUAUAUCUCCUCUGUAUCCUAACAGGUAGUGAGUGUAAGGUGACGGCUGGUGUACUCAACAUGAGUCUUGACCUUUACCCUCCUCUAUCAGAGAUCCUGUCACCUGACAUCAUCACCACACAGCAGUCCCUGGAGCGGCAGAAGACGGCGGAGAAGGAGAGGCUGUUUCUGGUUUAUGCCAAACAGUGGUGGAGAGAGUUUCUAGAGAUCAGACAGGCCAACCAAUCCAAACUGGUCAAGAUCUUUGCUCAGGAUGAGAACGGCGUCAACAGGCCGGUGUGUUCCUACGUGCGUGUCCUGCGUGCUGGCCGUCUCCUGGAGAGUCCCCGUCAGGCGGCCCGCUUCGUUAGCCUGCUGGGCCUGGAGAAAGCCCCCGUGGUGGGGGGAGGAGGAGGGGGUAAACAGGAGCAGUGGUGCUCCCUUCUCGCCUUCCUCUGUAGAAACAAGGGCGACUGUGAGGACCAUGCCACCCUGCUGUGCAGUCUGCUGCUGGGGUUCGGCCUGGAUGCCUACGUGUGUGUUGGCACUAAGCCCAAGAGCCUGGCACACACCUGGGUGAUGACCAGGGGCACUGACAGCACCAUCACCUUCUGGGAGAGCCUGACCGCACACAGGUACCUCCACCAGGCCAUUGACCCAGACGCCCCUCCCCUGGCCCCCCAGCCCCGCCCCUCCUAUCCCUACAGGACCAUCGGCUGUGUGUUCAACCACAGGUCCUUCCUGGCCAACUGCCAGCCGUCGGACGCCGUGGAACUCUGCUCGUUCGACUUCCACAACCAGUCCCGGUGGAAGGCUAUGAGUGAGGAGGCUGUUGGCUCAGUGUGCUCCCCGGGCAGCAACACCUCUCUGCCCCCUCUACCUCCUCUCUGUGGCCCCUCCCUGGAGCCCAGCGCUGCCUCCAACCAGUUGGAACUGGAGCUGAGGUACCUGGUGGUGGAACACAGGAAGGUGAGAGUACGAACAACGGCGUACAGGUUGGCUCAGUUUAACCUGUAA